AUGUCAUAUCAAACAUCGACCGAAGGAAAUAAUGCUCCUGAAUUUGUGCCAAUUGAUUAUAUUUCCCAAGAUCAAUUAAUAACGAUCGAGGAAAUAACUCGUGAAUUCGAUUUGAAAACUGAGAGAUUGAUAGAAAUUAGUAAUCAUUUUAUGAGGGAAUUAAAUAAAGGCCUUGAGAAAUAUGGACAAACUCUAGCGAUGGUACCUAGUUUCGUUACCGGAAGACCGACCGGUCAAGAAACCGGUACAUUCCUUUCCUUAGACCUCGGUGGUACAAAUCUUCGAAUAUGCCAAGUAGAUUUCCAAGGAAAUGGUGUAAUAACCAUUAAACAAGAAAAAUAUCUAGUUUCCGAGGCUCAAAAAGUCGGAGAAUCUCACAUAUUAUUUGAUUUCAUUGCGAAUUGCGUUCUCAAAUUUCUGGUAGAAAUUGGCUAUCAACAUGAAAAAGAAAAGGAGAAAGUGAAUUUAGGAUUCACUUUUUCAUUCCCAGUAGCACAAACUGCCAUAGAUAAGGGCACCCUGUUAAAAUGGACCAAGGGAUUUGUAUGCCCCGAUGCAGUGGGAAAAGAUGUGGUGUCUAUGCUACAAGAGUCGCUUGACCGCUUAUCGGUACCGGUUAAAGUUGUGGCUUUGGUGAAUGACACCGUGGGCACUUUAUUAUCUCACUCUUAUAAAUACCCUAAUACUCUCUUGGGUGUCAUUUUGGGAACCGGCACAAAUUCUGCAUUUUUCGAACGCUUAAGUAAUAUAAAGAAGUUGAAUAUAAGUUCCGACGCAACAGAAGAAAUGAUAGUUAAUAUAGAAUGGGGUGCAUUUGAUGAUGAAAAAGACGUCCUCCCUCUCACAAAAUAUGACGAGAAGCUAGACCUCGAAUCACAUAAUCCCACUUAUCAAAUCUUCGAAAAAAUGAUUUCCGGAAUGUAUCUGGGUGAAAUAGUUCGCAAUACCUUAUUACACCUAAUUGAUCGUUCACUACUCUUCAACGGUAUUUCCUCACCGGAGCUUAAUAAGCAUUAUAUAUUUGAGACAAAAUACAUGACCGUCAUUGAAGUUGAUACCACCCCUACGUUAGAAGAUACCAGAAAAAUAUUGGAAGAAACAAUGAACAUCCCAUCAGUUACUCUAACCGACCGACAAAUAGUAAAAAGAAUUUGUCGGCUGGUCGGUCGAAGAGCUGCUAGGUUAUCCUCGUUAGGAUUGGCAGGGGUGAUUAAACAUUGUGGAGCAGUGGAAGGCGGUUGUGGGAUUGGAAUUGAUGGAUCAUUAUUUGAAUUUUAUCCCAAUUUUAAGGAAAAUAUCCGAGCUGCACUUCGCGAAAUUCUAGGGGAUAACGUGGAUAAUAUUGAAAUUCAGUUGGCAAAGGACGGGUCGGGUGUUGGUUCCG